UCACCCCCCCGCCACAUGGCGCAGGAGGAGCCGCCCGGCGGCGGGCGCAGGCGCCGGAGCGCUCCCCUCAGCAGCGCCAUGGCCGGCGGGGGGCCGGCGGCGGUGCUGGGAGCCAUCGCCUGCCUCUGCUUCCUGGCCCCGGCGGCUGCGGGAUUCAAGAGGAGGGGGCCCAGCGUGACAGCCAAGGUGUUCUUUGACGUGAAGAUUGGAGACAGAGAUGUUGGCAGAAUUACAAUUGGAUUGUUUGGAAAGGUUGUCCCCAAAACUGUGGAGAACUUCAUUGCACUGGCAACUGGAGAAAGAGGAUAUGGAUACAAAGGAAGUAAAUUUCAUCGUGUGAUCAAAGACUUCAUGAUUCAAGGAGGGGACUUCACAGCUGGAGAUGGAUCAGGAGGAAGAAGCAUCUACGGAGAAAAAUUUCCAGAUGAGAACUUCAAGCUCAAACACUAUGGAAUUGGAUGGGUUAGCAUGGCUAAUUCUGGCCCAGAUACCAACGGAUCCCAGUUUUUCAUCAGUGUGACAAAGCCUUCUUGGUUAGAUGGAAAACAUGUAGUAUUUGGCAAAGUCCUUGAUGGAAUGUCUGUGGUGCACUCGAUAGAACUUCAGCAGACUGAUGAACAUGACCGCCCCCUUCAAGACUGUGUGAUUGUGAACAGCGGCAAAAUAGCCGUGAAAGAGCCAUUUGUAGUUGAAGUAGAUGGCUGGUGAGACCAACAGUUGAAACGGAAAG